GCUUUGGACGAAAACAAAUCAGACAUGGAUCAGAAAGAAAACAGACAGUCGGGUGUGGUGCGGACGCCCUGUAGUACCACCCUGGUGCAGAGGAGGAGUAAGAGCUAUCGUCAGUCGUAUCGGAGCUGCUUUGGCGCUGCGUCUCGCCUCACUCACUGCUUCACUCCAAGACUCACAGCCAGAAGGCUCAACACGAGCAGGAGGCCGCCCAGACCACAGAAUAUCAAAGAGCAGCUGGCCCCGGAGCUCGUGUCUCUGCUCACAAAGGCAGAGUGGCAGUUGUGGUACGUGACUCCUCUGUUCCAGUUCAAAUACACGCGCCUGAAGAGCUACUCACGACAGCUCUCUGCAUUUAUUGCCGCUGAGCGACAGCAGGGCGUCGCCGUGGAGACUGAGGGGGGUCACGGGGUCAAGGCGAGUUUCAGUCUGGUGCAGGGGCUGGCGGAGAGAGAGGGGGACACAGAGGCCGUGCUCAUACAGAUCGCAUCCAGGCCGAUGUUCAGUCGCCCGGACGACCCAGAAAAAACGAUUUGGAGUGGUUGGUUUUCCUGUGUCCACGGCAACGUGGAUUACCUCACCUCUCUGUCCCAGGACUUCGUGUGCCUUCCCCUCUUCUGCUCCAGUGGGACUGAAAACAUCACCAGCAUUGUCAGAUCUUGGUUCAGCCGCUUCUUCGACUGCUCGUUUGGAUGUUUGGAAAUCAACCACACGACUCUACAGUGGCUCGCCACGCUUUGGACCAACUGCCAACAAGAAGCUGACCUGCAGCAUCUCAAAAUGACAUGGACCGUUCCUGUAGCGCCCCCUAUGCAGAUUACCUACACUGUCAACUCAGAAGAUGCGUGGGAUUUGUGGAGCAGCGUGAGGAAGAGUCUAAGGAAAGAUACGGAGGAGGAGGAAGCGAUAGACUUAGAGGAGGUGGAAGAAUUCAUGCGAGAAUUAAAAAGUCACUUCUACAGACACUUUAAACUGGAUCUGUCAGCAGGAACUCUGCAGCACGUGACCACAGCGCUGGGGUCAGCACGAAGCAAUGGGAGGAUAAAGAUUUCCAACAGUCGAUACAUGAUGAGCACACUGUCCUUGCUGACGGAAUGUGCUCUUCUCAAAAUGCCCAUCUGA